AUGAUGUUCCAGGCUUCAAACCGCAUGAGGCCCUGCAUGGUGGUGCCGGCCAGGUGUAAGAUUUCAUCUCCCGGCCGGACUGUGUCACUCUGUUCUGAGGCCACCCCUUUGAAGAUCCUGUUAACCGUCAGAGGCUUGUCCCCAUUCAGGGAGCCCUUCCCUCCUUCCAGGCUGAAGCCCAGUCCCGCAGAGGUCUUUUCCAGGGUCACCGGGCAGACUGUGGCCUCUGCUGUGGAUUCUAUGGAGACGUCACUGGCCACAGAGGCUUAG